AUGUCGGCUCCCGCCGGGCCCCGGGGCGGCCCUGCGCCUCCCCAGCCGCCUCCGCCGCAGGCCGAGACGCCCGACCUCAGCCACCUCACCGAGGAAGAGAGGAAGAUCAUCCAGGCCGUCAUGGACCGCCAGAAGAAGGAAGAGGAGAAGGAGCAGUCCGUGCUCAAGAAAUUACAUCAACAGUUUGAAAUGUAUAAAGAGCAGGUCAAAAAGAUGGGUGAAGAAUCGCAGCAGCAGCUGGAGCAGAAGGGUGAUGCUCCAACCUGUGGUAUUUGCCACAAAACAAAAUUUGCCGAUGGCUGUGGCCAUAAUUGUUCAUAUUGCCAAACGAAAUUCUGUGCACGUUGUGGGGGAAGAGUGUCUUUACGCUCAAGCAAGGAGGAUAAAGUGGUAAUGUGGGUAUGUAACUUGUGCCGAAAACAACAAGAAAUCCUCACAAAAUCUGGAGCUUGGUUUUAUAGCAGUGGAACAAAUACACCCCAGAAGUCUGAUCAAGAAGGUUUUAGAGUGCUGCGGAACGAAGAAGCACCUAAGGAGAAAAUAGCAAAGCUACAAGAACAAUCUGUAUCAGCAUUGGACCGAGGCAGAUCUCAAGGGCUCACAAGGCAAGACUCCAUCAACGGCUCAGGAGGGAAGCAUCAGGUGCCAGGUGACACGGCAGACAGAAAAAGAAGCCCAUCAGUAUCCAGAGAUCAGAAUAGAAGGUACAGCCAACGGGAGGAGAGAGACGACUAUUCACAGAAUGCAACAUCAGACAGUGCAAUGCCAAGGUCACCAUCAGAUUAUACAGACAGGCGAUCACAGCGCGGGUCUCAGUUAUAUGAAGAACCUGAACUUGAUGACUACAGAGAUUCUAACAGGAGAAGUCGCAGGCGUUCAAGGGAAUACCCUUUAGAAGAAGAUGUGCAGAACAGAGAGGAAUAUGAGAGGCAGCGGCAGGAAGAAGAGUAUCAGGCACGAUACCGAAGUGAUCCUAACUUGGCUCGCUAUCCUGUCAAACCACAACCAUAUGAGGAACAAAUGCGCAUUCAUGCUGAAGUGUCUCGAGCACGUCAUGAACGAAGGCACAGUGAUGUGUCUUUGGCAAAUACUGAACUGGAAGAUUCCCGGAUAUCUAUGAUAAGAAUGGAGCGGCCAUCAAGGCAAAGGUCUGCAUCUGAACGCAGAGCUGCCAUGGACCAACGUUCAUAUUCAAUGGAAAGAACUCAGGGACCAAGUCCCAAUCGACAGCGGACCACAAAUCACAGCCCUCCAACACCUAGGAGGAGUCCAAUUCCUUUUGAUAGGCCAGAUUUGAGGCGGACUGAUUCAUUAAGAAAACAGCACCAUUUGGAUCCCAGUUCAGCUGUACGAAAAACAAAACGUGAAAAAAUGGAAACAAUGUUAAGGAAUGAUUCUCUAAGUUCUGACCAAUCUGAAUCAGUUAGGCCUCCACCCCCAAAGCCUCAUAAAACAAAAAAGGGGGGUAAAAUGCGUCAGGUUUCACUGAGCAGCUCAGAAGAAGAGUUGGCCUCUACUCCAGAAUAUACCAGCUGUGAUGAUGUAGAAAUUGAAAGUGAAAGUGUUAGUGAGAAAGUCUAUCACUUUUUGCCAGGGGACAAUCAAAGGGGAAAAAGAAAAACUAGUGAGCAGGCAGUUUUGUCGGACUCUAACACCUUAUCUGAAAGACAAAAGAAAAUGGUGUGCUUUGGUGGCCACUCUUUGGAAGAGGACUUGGAAUGGUCUGAACCUCAGAUUAAAGAUUCUGGGGUAGACACGUGUAGUAGCACGACUUUAAAUGAAGAGCAUAGCCAUAUUGAAAAGCAUCCUGUGACAUGGCAGCCAUCCAAAGAUGGAGACCGUUUAAUUGGCCGGAUUUUGUUAAACAAACGACUAAAAGAUGGAAGUGUGCCUAGAGAUUCAGGAGCAAUGCUUGGACUGAAGGUUGUAGGAGGAAAAAUGACUGAAUCAGGACGGCUCUGUGCAUUUAUCACCAAAGUCAAAAAAGGAAGUUUAGCUGAUACAGUGGGACACCUUAGGCCAGGUGAUGAAGUAUUAGAAUGGAAUGGAAGGCUUUUGCAAGGAGCCACCUUUGAAGAAGUGUACAAUAUUAUUCUAGAAUCUAAACCAGAGCCACAAGUGGAACUUGUAGUCUCAAGGCCAAUUGGAGACAUUCCUAGAAUACCAGACAGUACACAUGCACAAUUGGAGUCCAGUUCUAGCUCUUUUGAAUCUCAAAAAAUGGACCGGCCUUCUAUUUCAGUCACUUCCCCAAUGAGUCCCGGCAAGUUGAGGGAUGUUCCACAGUUCUUGUCUGGACAACUUUCAAGCCAAAGCCUUAGUAGAAGAACAACGCCUUUUGUUCCUAGGGUUCAGAUAAAAUUGUGGUAUGACAAGGUUGGUCAUCAGUUGAUAGUCACAAUAUUGGGAGCAAAGGAUCUUCCUUCAAGGGAAGACGGAAGGCCAAGAAAUCCUUAUGUUAAAAUUUACUUUCUUCCUGACAGAAGUGAUAAGAACAAAAGAAGAACAAAAACAGUAAAGAAAACUUUGGAACCCAAAUGGAACCAAACAUUCAUUUAUUCUCCAGUUCAUCGGAGAGAAUUUCGAGAACGAAUGUUGGAAAUUACUCUUUGGGACCAAGCACGUGUUCGCGAGGAGGAAAGUGAAUUUUUAGGGGAGAUUCUUAUUGAAUUAGAGACAGCAUUGCUGGAUGAUGAGCCUCACUGGUACAAACUUCAGACACAUGAUGUCUCUUCAUUGCCACUUCCCCACCCUUCACCAUACUUGCCACGCAGACAGCUGCACGGAGAGAGUCCCACACGAAGACUGCAAAGGUCCAAACGAAUAAGUGAUAGUGAAGUCUCGGACUACGAUUGUGAUGAUGGAAUAGGAGUAGUAUCAGAUUACCGACAUAAUGGAAGAGAUCUUCAAAGCUCAACACUAUCAGUGCCAGAACAAGUGAUGUCAUCCAAUCACUGCUCUCGGUCAGGGUCCCCACACCGUGGAGACAGUAUAGGACGGACCAGGUCAUGGUCUCCCAGUGUCCCUCCUUUACCAAGUAGGAAUGUGGAACAGGGGUCUCGAGGGACCCGAUCUACUCCUGCACAUUACAAUACCAUGAACCGAAUGGAUAGACAUCGAAUAAUGGAUGACCACAACUCCCCAGACAGAGAGAGUCAUUAUCACACUCUGCCUUGGUCCCAACACACUCAGUCCAUUGGCUACCAUCAUAGAGAUGCCAGCAAGGAUCGCUCAAUGUAUCCUAUCUUUUGUGAAGAUGCAAUCAGAUUACUUCGAUCCCGUACGAUGUGCCGUACCUAUUCUGAGGGUGCUUACUAUGAAUUUGAGAGGAGGAGUAGGCAGGAGGGAAGAGUGCCUAAAACAUAUUUUGAUGACACUGAUACUUCCCCCACUCCUGAAAGGUAUUACAAUGGUGCACGUUCAUGGGCAGAUCAUGUAGUCAAUGGUUCAGCUGAAAAUUACGGCAAAUUCCAAAUAGAUAAUAGAAGAAUAGCAUAUCCAAGGAUUGAAAUACAGCAACCUUCCACAGAUACUGACAGAAGUGAAUCAGUGGAUGUUUUGGCAGAUCAAGCUUCCUAUUCAGAAAGUGAAUGUAUAGAACCAGAAGAAAACAUGAGGAAAUGGGAACCUAGACUACCAUAUCAAAGAUCCAGAUCAACAGAACAACGUCCUGUGCUAGAGCGGCCCAGCCCCCGCUCUCGAUCCACUGAGCGUCCUGACUCAAACCUCAUGAGAUCGAUGCCUUCAUUAAUGACUGGAAGAUCUGCCCCUCCCUCACCUGCCUUAUCGAGGUCUCAUGCUCGUACGGGGUCUGUCCAAACAAGCCCAUCAGGUACUCCAGUAGCAGGACGCAGGGGGAGACAGUUGCCACAACUUCCACCAAAGGGGACACUGGAGAGAAAAGUUACAUGGGAAGACCAGCAGAAAAAGGUGAAUGGUACAAUAACUGAUGACAAAUCAUUGCCGAAAAAGAAACAUCAUACUGAGCCAGAAGAAGUGGAUUCAUCAUGGAGAAGAAACCCAGUGCCAGAGAAUGGGGAUGAAGGUGCUAUAGACGUAGAAGAGAGAAAUCGCCAAAUGAAAAUGAACAAGUACAAACAGGUAGCAGGAUCAGAUUCGAGGCUGGAGCAAGAUUAUCAUUCUAAGUAUCGGUCAGGGCGAGAUCCUCAACGAGGCUCUGACAACGUCUCCAACAAGUCUUCCGACAGUGAUGUGAGUGAUGUGUCAGCAGUAUCAAGGACCAGUAGCGCAUCUCGCUUCAGCAGCACCAGCUACAUGUCUGUUCAAUCAGAACGACCGAGAGGGAACAAGAAAAUUAGAAAAUCAAAUGAGGAAAGAAAAGAGGUAGGGGAGGAAGGGGAGGAGGAAAUAUUUCUUGAGGAGGAGGUAUUUGUUGAGGAGAAUCAAGAAGAGAAAGAGGUGGAGAAUCAGGAAGUUGAGGAAACAGUAAAGGAUGAACAAGUUGGUGAAAAGGGGGGAAAGGAAGGGGAAGAGGAGGCAGAAAAAUGUGAGAAAGAGGAAAACAAGGAACCAGAAGAAGAUGAAAGGGUUCAAGAUGAUCAAACUGAGGAAACAGCAAAAACAAGCGAUAAAGAGGACUUUCAAACGAGAUCCUCACAAGAUGAUCUCAGUGUCUUUACAUCCAAAAUGCAAAGCAGACAGAUGGGCGCUUCCGGAAAGAACAUAACUAAGAGCACCAGCAUCAGUGGGGAGAUGUACAUGCUUGAGAAGAAUGACGGCAGCCAGUCAGACACAGCGGUGGGCACUGUGGCUACAGGAGGCAAAAAGCGGCGCUCCAGCAUUGGUGCAAAGAUGGUAGCCAUUGUGGGUCUUUCACGGAAAAGCAGAAGUACCUCACAGCUCAGCCAAACUGAAGCAGGUGGGAAAAAGUUAAAGAGCACAGUCCAGAGAAGCACAGAAACUGGUUUGGCUGUGGAAAUGAGAAACUGGAUGACACGUCAAGCCAGCCGGGAAUCUACAGAUGGCAGCAUGAACAGUUACAGCUCUGAGGGGAAUUUGAUCUUUCCUGGUGUGCGGUUGGGUGCAGACAGCCAGUUUAGUGACUUUCUCGAUGGACUUGGUCCUGCACAGCUUGUUGGUCGUCAAACCCUGGCAACGCCAGCGAUGGGUGAUAUCCAGGUUGGAAUGAUGGACAAAAAGGGACAAUUGGAGGUGGAAAUAAUACGAGCUCGAGGCCUUGUUGUAAAACCAGGUUCAAAGACACUGCCAGCACCGUAUGUAAAGGUGUAUCUAUUAGAAAAUGGAGUCUGUAUAGCCAAAAAGAAAACAAAGGUGGCAAGAAAAACGCUGGAACCUCUUUACCAGCAGCUGUUGUCAUUUGAAGAGAGUCCCCAAGGGAAAGUUUUACAGAUUAUCGUGUGGGGAGAUUAUGGACGUAUGGAUCACAAAUCCUUUAUGGGAGUGGCACAGAUACUUUUAGACGAACUGGACCUGUCCAAUAUGGUGAUUGGCUGGUUCAAACUGUUUCCCCCUUCAUCCUUAGUAGAUCCAACGUUGGCCCCUCUUACAAGAAGGGCUUCCCAGUCGUCUCUUGAAAGUUCAACGGGACCUUCUUACUCUCGCUCAUAGCAGCUGUGAAACUGGUGUCAUAACAACCAGCGUUACAAAAAUUUUAAAAAAUUAACAGGUCGCAAACCCUGGUAACACUGCAUGCUUAAUGUUGUGUCUUCGGAGCCUGUUUCUAGGGCUGUAACGCGAUCCUGUGUUCUCAGAGGAAGUUGCACACAUUGUGCUCUAAAGGAAGUCCUCAGGUGAAGGAGUGGAGCUGGAAGAACGGAAUGGUUUGGAGUUCAGUGACACUCAAGUUUUAGUCCAAUCUGAAGCCAUGGAUUAAACUAAAAAAAACAAGCUGUCUCAUGCAACAAGAGUCCCUUUCAAUGGCACAUUGAUUUUCUUGCUCCCUUUUCUUUAUCUGCCCCUUCUCCCCAUCCUCCACCCACACCCCACCCAAGCCUGGUUAUGCCACAGACCGUGGAGCUACUCAAAGAAGCCAUUCUGCAAGUCAAUGGAAAGAUGGAAGAAAAGAGGGCCAUUAGGGGAAAACCAGCUGUCAUUACAGUUGCUCAAAAGUAGAGGAAACUCUCCUUAUAGAAAGGUUGAAGACUUACGGCGGCAGACUUCGUAACUCCAGCUACUGCUAGAGUCAAAUCCAGUGUGUGGACUCUGAAAAAAAAUUCUGUGGCUAUACUGUACUGUAUGAAAUUAAACUUUUUUGCAUGGACACAGAUUAUGCUGAACACUUAAAAUUAUUUUCUUGGGGCUGCAACUUGCAAAAAAAAGAAUAAAUCAGCCAUUUUCAACAAUUUAUAUUAUUUUUAAAAAUAAAUUUCACUAGUGCAUGGUUUUAAAAGGGAGAGAAUGCAACAGAGUGAUAAGACGCACCACGUUUCUCAUUCUUUAAACCAAUUAUGGUCUGUGUUUUUGCAGACAUAAAUGAAAAAUUAAUAAUUUCUAGCAAAUAUUUAAAAAUUAUGUUUAUGUGACAAGAAAUAAGUGUAAUAUAUUAAAUUUAUUUAAAUGUAAAAGGUACAAGCCUUGUAAAGUUCAACAAUAUGUUCAAAACUGUACAAUUCUUUUCCCCUUCUUGUCUGAUCCUCCCUCCUUUUGCCCUCUCAUUUCCUUCCUACCUCCCAGGAUAAUCAUUAUACUCUGAAACAAAUACUUUUUGACUUACUACGCUCAUGCCCCACAUUUGGUUCAGGGUUGCAGAUAAAUCUGCAUUUCUGAAUUCUUUGAAGAAAACUAUUGUUUAAGAACUUUUUUCAAGCAUGUUGAAAAGUAUUUUGCAACAUGGCUUGGGGAGUACAUUACAAUAAUUCAGCAUGUAUUUGAUAAAAAAAAUUGAACUUUUUGCAGUUGAUUGUACAGUGCAUGGAAACUUUUUUUUUCUCACCUUCAAAUUAAAUUCUACAGCAAAAUACUGGAAUCAUGUGGCCCAUUUGUAAAAUGUCUUCAAUAAAUUUGUUUUCAGCACCAGCAUCAUUCAUUCAAAGGUUGAACUAUUAUUUCUGGAAGGUCUUGAAGAAAUGGCAACAGUCUUACUAAAUUUCGGCAUCUUACCCGUUUCACU